CUCUGUCAUUUUUUAUUUGUAUUAUGUUAUUUGUAAUUUGUGCAAUAAAAACAUUCACGUUUGAAGUGAAAUACGGACGAAAGGCAUAACAUUGAGGCAAAAUGAUUUGUACAAGGAUCAGAUCGUCUCUAUUAAACCGGUGGUGCAAUGGACGUUCUGGACAGAAACGCUUGUUAAGGAAACUAAUAGAUAAGAAUGAAAGCAAAUUUGACGUGAUCGUUGUUGGUGGCGGUCAUGCUGGAACCGAGGCGUCUGCUGCUGCUGUUAGGAUGGGUGCAAAAACACUAUUGGUUACACAGAAAAAAAGUACCAUAGGAGAGAUGUCGUGUAAUCCGUCCUUUGGUGGUAUUGGAAAGGGUCAUCUGAUGCGAGAAGUGGAUGCCUUGGAUGGAGUAUGCUGUCGGAUAUGUGAUAUUUCAGGGAUACACUAUAAAGUUUUGAACAAGCGCAAGGGACCAGCGGUAUGGGGUCUCAGAGCUCAAAUCGACAGAGCAUUGUACAAGAAACAUCUUCAAGCGGAACUCUUCAAUAUGCCCGGAUUGCAUAUUUACGAAUCCUCUGUGGAAGAUCUGAUUUUGGCGAACGAGCCUCUGUCUUGCGAAGGAGUGAUUCUUAAAGAUGGAACGAAGAUAUUUGGUGACGCGGUAGUUAUAACUACGGGAACUUUUCUGAAAGGCCAGAUAAACAUCGGGUUAGAGAAAAGGCCUGCAGGUAGAAUGAACGAUGAUUCCAGCAUUGGUUUGGCAAAUACGCUCGACAGGCUUGGUUUUCGAAUAGGAAGAUUGAAAACUGGCACUCCGCCAAGGUUGGAGAAAGAGAGCAUUGACUUUACCAAAUGUUCGAAAUCUCUGCCGGACGAGUCUCCCAUACCGUUUUCGUUUAUGAGCGACAACGUAUGGCUACCGCCUGACAAGCAAGUACUAACGUACCUGACGCAUACAAAUGAAAAUGUCGCAAAGAUCAUUAAGGAUAAUAUGCACUGUAAUUUACACGUAACGGAGGAGAUAUCGGGCCCGCGGUAUUGCCCGAGCAUAGAGAGUAAGAUUCUGCGAUUCAAAACACUUCAACAUCAGAUCUGGUUGGAGCCGGAAGGUCUGGACUCGCCGUUGAUUUACCCAAGUGGAUUGUCGUGCACCCUGCCGGAAGAUAAGCAGGUGGAACUCGUUAAAUGUAUCCCCGGAUUAGAAAACGCUCGUCUAGCCAAGCCUGGUUACGGUGUCGAGUACGACUACAUAGACCCCAGAGAAUUGACCACUCAAUUGGAGACGAAAAAAAUUCCGGGACUGUUCCUCGCCGGGCAAAUAAACGGUACCACCGGCUACGAAGAAGCAGCUGCACAAGGUAUCGUCGCGGGUGUUAACGCGGCCGCUAAGGUGUUUAAGAAACCGCCGCUUCUGAUAAGUCGAACCGAGGGAUACAUUGGCGUCCUCAUCGAUGAUUUGACGACGGAGGGUACCACGGAACCGUACAGAAUGUUCACCAGCCGAUCGGAGUUUCGGCUGAGCUUACGUCCCGAUAACGCUGACCAGAGAUUGACGGAGAAGGGUUACACAGUAGGCUGCGUUUCUCGCGAGAGAAUCGAGAACACGCGAAAGUUUCUUCGCAAAAUGCAGGAAGCUGUACAGAUACUCAAGAGCGAUGUGCGGUCGUGCAACAAGUGGCGACGGUUGUUGAAUUUGAAGAGCUCUAAGUCUGUUGGACACAAGUCGGCAUUCGAAAUGCUAUCCAUGACGACCGAGGAAGUCACAUUCGCACAAAUAUUGAAACUGUUGCCGCAGUUAAACCAUCUGGCUGAAGAUCCUGGUCUGACGAGAAGACUAGAGAUAGAGACGAAAUAUGAAUAUGUUGUCGCGGAUCAGCAAGAGCAAGUAAAUGACAUCAGGAGAAACGAGCAAAUGACUAUACCUGAUGACAUCGACUACAACAGUCCUGACUUAAAUCUAUCUACCGAAGAUCGAGAGAAACUUUCGAAACAUCUUCCACGCACGAUCGCAGCGGCUAAUAAAAUCUCAGGUGUGACACCUUCGGCUAUACUAAGGUUACUUUAUUAUAUUAGAUAUCAUUCCAACGAGAAUGUUGCGAGAGCACAGUAAUGUAUUAUAGUAGCGAAAAAUAAAUGAUAAUGAUUUCUA